GCGGGCGCACGCCGCCGCGCGCUGCUGACGCCGCCGAGCUCGCGCCUGUCCCGGGAGCGCCCGGCGCGCGCCUCUCCCGGCGCCGCCGCCAUGUUCCGGCGGGCCCGUCUCACCGUGCGACCCAAUGUGCGGCCCCCGGGCAGGGCUGCCGCCACCGGCACUGGCGGGGUGGACCCGGAGCCGCCGGCACCCCCAGGUUCGGACACCCCGGCGGCGGAUGGAGCAGGGACCGCGGCGGAAUCGGCAGACGCACGGCGGGCAGAGAGUGAUGACAAGGUGGACAAUACAAGUGGUGCUGGGGAAGCUAGUAAACCUGCAGAGAUGCUUACACAGAGAAGAAAACGUAUCUCCACCAUGCCAAAUCUUGUCAAACCCAGAGCUGGACCAUCAUCUACUCAGCGUUCUGCACCAAAACCUCAGAGGCGAACAUCACAAGCUUCUGAUGGCAGUUCUUCACUUCAGAAGGAUCCCUCCCCAUCAGAAAAGAGUAAUGUUGAAAGCUCUGUAAAGUCUCCUAUGCUUCCUGAGAAGAAAACACCUGUGCCACAAGUGCCACAGUUUUCACCGCUAAAAAAGUCUGCGAACAAAGAGCAAACUGUUGGUGUAGCUGCUCAGAAAAAUGAUGAUAGCUUGCAGAAGAAUGUACCCUCUCCUCUCAAGGAGAGACCAACGCAGGAAAGAUCACGAGCACAGGAGGAAAAGCUACCUGUGAAACCUUCUCCUGAGAAAGUCAGACGAACAUGUUCUGACCGCGAAAGGAUCCUCAAAGCUCGGAAAUUAAGAGAAAUGCUUAAAGAAGAGCUGAAGAAAGAGCGGAUGAAGUUGAAACACAGGCCUCCAGUAAUUGAAGGACGUUCUCCACCAGAUCGUUCUAAAAUGACCAUGAGAGACUUAAUAUACUAUCUGCCAGAAAACAAUCCUAUGAAGUCUUCAUUGGUAGAAGAAAAGAGAACAGAAAGAAGUUCUGCACUGAGUCAAAUGAAAGAACAGGAAGAAAAAAGUACUCCUGAUCAUGAAGAAGAGGAGGAGGAGGAAGAAGAGAAUGGGGAAGAGAGUCAGGAUGGCCCACUUCUCGUUCCUCGUGUGAAAGUAGCAGAAGAUGGUUCCAUCAUUCUGGAUGAAGAAAGCUUAACUGUAGAAGUUCUAAGAACAAAAGGUCCAUGUGUUGUUGAAGAAAAUGAUCCCAUCUUUGAGCGUGGCUCUACAACUACAUAUUCUAGCUUCAGGAAAAGUUUUUACACAAAGCCAUGGUCAAAUAAAGAAACAGACAUGUUCUUUUUAGCUAUCAGUAUGGUAGGAACAGACUUCUCCUUGAUUGGGCGGCUGUUUCCUCACAGAGCCAGAGCAGAAAUUAAGAACAAGUUCAAACGUGAGGAAAAAGCUAAUGGAUGGAGAAUAGACAAAGCUUUCAAAGAAAAACGACCCUUUGAUUUUGAAUUCUUUGCCCAGCUUCUUGAGAAGGUCUUAGCAGAUGAGGGAAAGAGGAAGCAAAAGACUGUUAAAAGCCAGAAGCCAAAAGAAAAAAAGUCUCCAAGGCCACAAAAGAAGUCAAAAGCAAAAGCUGCCAGCACAGAAGCUGCUAAUGAUCAAGAUGAACCUCCGGAAGCUGGAAUUUCUGAUGCAGAAAUAGAAGCGGAUGGUGUGACAGCUGAGAAAGAAAAUGAGGAAUCUUUGAGUAUUUCUGAACGAGCAGAAGAAGAGGUUGCAUUAGAGCCAGCAUUAGCAAAAAAGAAGAGAAAGAGGAAGAGAAAAGAUGAUCUUGAACAAGAAGUGGAGAAUAUUCCAGAAGAAGUGCCUGUUCCUUCAAAAACUGCUGAAGAAGGGAAGUCCUCUAAUAAAAGGAAAAGAGUGGUACAUGAUGCAAGCAGUGAUGGUGAUACUACCUGUGGAGAAGUGGAUUGUGCUAUUGAAGGAAAGGAAAAUGAGACUGCUGUUAUAGAGGAAGAGAGAACAGAGUCCUGUUCACCAGUGAAUAAGCAAAUGGAGAGAGAAGGUGGAGUCAAUUUAUGCAGCCUUGAAGAUAGCAAUGAUGUUAUACUAGAAGCAGAACCUGCUAAAUUGAGAAAUAGAGAUAUUAGAGAUGGUGCAUCAGAGGAAAGCCAGAUUCCAGAGUUACCAAUUUCAAAUAUUAGAAGCAAGGAAACAGAAUGUGUAGAAAUUACAGAAUCAAAGGUAAUGGUGACCUGGGCUGCAGCAGGAGAAGUGUUGCCAGCAGGCCAAGGAGGUGAUCCUUGCCCCUUGUUCAGCACUGAUGAAGCCACACCUGGAGGACUGACCAGUUCUGGGCUCCCUGGUGGGAGAGACCUGGAUGCACUGGAGACAGCCCCUCAAAGGGCCACACUGAUGAGUGAAGAUACACAUCACUCACAAAAACCAGAUGGAAAGCAGAGUGCAUCAGAAUGUGGUUCACAAUCUGAAAUCAUGAAAAGCGAAAAAUCAGCAGAUAGAAGGCGCUUGCAAAGACCUAAACCAAAUUUAAUGAGAUCAUCUGGAAGGAGGGAGACAGCAACACAAGACAAAAUGGAAGCCAAAACUUCUUCUCCAACCCUUGCAAAUGCAGGUGAAAAGUUCCAGUGCUCUGAAGAGGAGAAUAGAAGAAAACAUAAUGAAGCCACAGAAGUAGAAAACAGGGAUUUGGAUACUGCAUCUCAAGAACCUGAAAAAACUGCAGUUGCAAAGACAAUAGUUAGAGGAUAUCGACAGAGAUUUAAACCUAAUGUUACAAGAGCAUCUGGAAGGAAAGAAGAGCCUGAAAAAGAUGCAGGAAAUGAUAAAACAUCCCGUCUACAGCCUAGGGGAGAAACUGAGAAGAAUAAUGACCAAGGUAAUAGAUCUGAUGAUACUACUGAAGAUACUGCAGAAAAAGAUGGCAAAGUCCUGGAGACAGUGUCUCAGUCUAAUGAAACAGCUGGUUUAAAAGAAGAUAGCAAACGGAAUGUGUUGAAUCAAACACCUCUAAAAAGAGGUAGAAUACAGAGACCAAAACCAAAUCUAGGAAGAACUAUUGCAAGGCAAAAAGAACUGAUAGUUGAAAAAGAUCCUGAAGAGGAGACAACAGAAGGUGGAGAAGCAGAAAAAGGUGUCACACACCAUCGAGAUGAAAACAAUGAUCUCUGCCUCAAAAGUGAUUUAACAGUUCAUGAAGGCACUCAGCUAUCCAGUGUGACGUUAGAAGAUGUUUCUGCAGAUUCUGAGAUAAACUCAAAUGCAAGACAGUGUUUCCAAGGAAAGUCCUCAGAAGCAGAAAGCAAUGAAAAUGAAAAGGGAUUGUCAGAUGUCUCCAAACCGGUUUCAGAUUCUAGUACAGGGGAAUCUCAUCCUCAGAAGGAAGAGGAGAAAACUGUUGGAUCAUCUGCUAGGCUACUGAGGAUGCGAUUCCAGAGACCAAAGCCAAAUUUAAGAGCAGCUAGUAGAAAGGAAGUUCUGGAUGUAAAUAGUAAAAGUGCAUCGCAGAAAGAUACCAACAAGGAAGAAAGUUUGACGCAGUGUGAGAGUGAAUGUAGCAUCCCUCCUGACACAGAUAAAGCAGGAAAAUGUGAAGCCUUAAAUGCACUAGAAUCCUUGGAAAAGCAGAAGUCAGUUUGCUCUCAGGAGGCUUCUGAGAGGCCAAGUUGUAAGUCCCCAAAAACAUUUUCAAGAUCAGAGGAUAGUGGACUGGAGAUCUGCCUGUCUGAAAUUAGCCAAGAUGACAUUUCUACUACUAUUGCAGGAAACAGCACUCAAGAAGAACAUCAAUGUGCACCUCUCCCACCUAUUCAGCUGGCACAGAACAAGACGUACAAGCCAAACUUGGUAAGAACUAUUGGAAAGAAGGAGUUACAAAUAUCAGAAAAGGAGAGCAAGAAAAAGCCUGACGCAGAGCAAAAAGAUGAGUUUGACAAUACUGUCAUGGGUGAAAAUGAAGCUGUAUUGUGUCAAGCAGAUGUAUUGAGCAAAGAGGAACAGGAACAGCAAGAGGUGCCUCAGGUGCUCUCUAUUUCUGAAACCUUAUUGUCUGAACAAAGCAGUACUGAAAAACUUACCUCCCAAGAAGGCAGGCUAAGUGCUCUGAAACCAGGACAACUCAUAAGGAUUGAGUCUCCAAGAGCUACACCAAACCUAGAAAGAACGUACAGCAAAAAAGGAUCUCCAGUAGUACAAAAACUUACUGCCCCAGAUGAAGAAGAAAGGAAUCAUGGAGAGAAUCUGCCUGUGACAGAAGAAUCUGAAAACCUUCUCUCCUCAAAAGAUGACAUGGACAUAUUGUUGCUUGUGGGAAAUUUGGCUGAGAAUGACAAUCUAGACAUAAAUUCAAGAAGCAUGACAUCAGAAACGCUUUAUUCUUCUAAAAAAUCACCAAAUUAUAACAGCAAAAGAGUGCAAGAAGAGUGUCUAUCUACAGAUGCUAUAGGAGGCAUUCAGGAUACCACAGAAAGGUCCAGUGAUAAAUUAAGUUCUGGAGAAGAAUGUGAGCAGAGAGGAAGGGAACCCCACUGGAACCCGAUGCCAGACCUAAUGAGACUUACUAAGAAAAGAGAUUAUCCUGAAGAGCAUGAAAACAGAGAAGAGCACAGUACUGAGAGAAAUGAAGAGUUUUUGGUGUUAUUAAAAACAGGUGUUUCAGGGGAAAACUCCAGUAGUACAGUGGAAGCUGGAUCCUUCUCAGAAACUACAAGGAAACACAGUUUUGCAGAAAAUGUUGAAGAAACAUCUCAUAAGAGAAUCAGGCUGGACAUCACACUCCAUUCUCCAGGGAUAUCAUCAGAGAGUGAGAGACAUGUAGAGCAAGAUAAUGAUUCUCAGCUUUCUACCUCACAAGAAAAGUGUCCAGGGAGUCUCACAAGAAGGCAGUUCAGGCGAUCAUCAAAACAGAUGGCACUGCCAGAGCAUGUGUUGGAGGCAAAAACGGCUACUUCUUCUGCCUCUGAAUGUGAGGCUGAUUGCAGUGAGAAGGGGACUCAAAGGCAAGAAGCUAAACUGAGUGUUACCAGAGACAAAGGUUUGAAAACUACACAGAGGAGAAAAUCUGGGAAGGAGCCCAGAAGUUCAAAGAUAACCUUUGUCACCCUCCGGGCUUCUCAAGACGAGGAGGAGGAUGAGGAGGCAGAUGAAUUUGAACUUGAUAAUGAAGAUGAAUGUUUUGCAUCAGAGGAAGUAAACAAGGCUCCAGUGUUUGUUCCUAUAGGUCUUCGAUCUCCAAAACCAAUUCCUAUGCAGAUACAGGAAACUGUGGAGGAGCUGGAAAUAUCUGUGAAUAUCCCAGAUGUGCAGGUGGCUACUGAUGCUGAAAGUCUUUCUUGUGCUUCUAUCCAACCAGUAGUACAGAGGGAAGAAGAAAGCACCUCAACAACUGAAACAACCAUACAUGAAAACCCAGAUGUGGACAAAGGAAUUAACGAUGGAAGCACUGAAGCUGCUAUGACUUUACUUGCCAUGGGUGAUCCAAAUUUCCAGUUAAAAACAAGCACUGAAGAACAGACACAUAUGUUACCUGCUCAAGAUGACUUGGACACAGCUCAUAGCCUUGUAACUCAGGUGUACUCCAAAGAAAAUAGAACUUCUAGUCAGUAUUCACUUGCUUCAGACACUUCUGUCAAGGAAUUGCUGCCUUCUGAGGAUGGAAACAACAUCAAUGUAGAGCAUCAUAUCACUGGCACAAGAACAGGGAUAGAAGAAUAUUCAGAGAUGGAUGCUACUGAUACCAGUGGUAGCUCUUUGCCUGUGGUGAAUAGUAUGAGACUGACAGGAGGUGGACACCUGGAGCCUGAGCCAACCUCUGCAAUAUUGAGGUCCAGUGAAAACAUAAUGCAGGAGAUACUUAAUGCAAAUAUACUUGUGGAACAACUAGAGCAAAUUCAAUCUGAAAACUUAGAUCCUAUAACCCUGAGGGGUAAUGCAGAAAUGCAGAAGGUGGAACCAGAGCCAAUCAGACAAGCUGCAGGUGAUUCUUCAGUUCUUCAUGACUUUGCAUCUGGAAGUAUGGAACUUAACAAGCAAGUAGACAAAACUGAGAGAACAGAAAAGCAGAUAAGAGAUGCAUGUGGAAAUUCAGAAGAUUUAAGACAUCAAACUGCAUUGUCAAAACCUGAAAAAUCACACCUUGGACUAGAAGAUUGUCCAAAUCCAAGUUCUGUGGAUGAACUGUCUGAGCAGAGUCCUUGUCCUCUUGAGCACCAAAUACGUACAGUCAACUUUACUCAGAAUGAAGCUUGUACUCAAGAUGCUCAACGACAUUGCAUAAGCAGCAGAGAAGAAACUUCAGUAGUGAAUGAUGGUCAUAGAUGUCCAGAGGAAGAACAGACAUUCAUUUUAACAUUGGUGGAAAUCCCAGCUGGCUCAAAAGAGUUUGAUGCAUCUGCUAUGGUGGAACAAACUUCAGAACCAGUACUACCAGCCCCAAUACUUAUCAGCCCUAUAAAUGCAAGUGAAACAACUGUGACUGAAGUGGAGAGUACUGAAUCCUUGACAACUGCAGCUGGUAAGGUUGCUGGACCUUUGAACAGCAGUACGGAAACCAAACAACUAGAGAGUGCAGUAGACCCUGUUUCAAAGUUGCAGACAGCUGAAAAACGGUUGGCUGCUGAGCUUGAAGAGAAUGAUUUUCCUCCUUCCAAGAAAACUCCAUCUACUGUUACAGUGGAAAAUAGCCUGGAAACCACUUACAAGGGUUAUUCAAUUAAAUCCACAGAUGUGCCAAUGGUAACUUCUGGGAAUCCUGUUCAAAAAACAGAGUCUACAGAGUCUUCAGCAAAGGAAAAAGUACUUACUUCUGUAUUGGUGUCUGAGUCUAUCUCACAACUGGCUGAGAAAAGCCAGCUUGAGACUUUGGACAGCUUAGGGAAAGCACCACUUGAGAAUACAGCAUCUGAAAUGGAAGAGGAGGUUAUGUCUAGAUUAACCUCUAACAGAAGAGCAGAAAUAAGUGGACAAGGAAAGCAAGAGAAUGUGCUUGAAUCUGCACAGUUGGAACAAACUAGAAGCCCAGCAUCUUCUUCAAAAACUCCAUUACUCAGGGGUGGACGAAAACCAUUGGGAUUUUUAUCUUUAAUUUGCAAAAAAAGUAAUUCUGAAUCUGCAGAAGACACCAAAGGGAAUAGAGGGAAGGUCCAAAAGCCACGAAUUGUGACACCAAAACGAAGUCUAAAGAAACCCACUCCGUCCACUAAGGAUGAGAGGGACUCUUGUUCCUUUCCCUCUACUUCAUCAUCUGUGGAACAUGAACAUGUAGCUGCUGAUGCUACAGUUACGGUUCCAAGUAACAACUCACCUGAGAAGCCACCUCUCUGUGCUAAAGAUCAAGAGAAGGAAGGAGAGCCAACCAAAAUCUCUGAGUACUUUUUCAGUGACAUCUUCAUGGAAGUGGAUGAUUCAGAAUAGCAAAGGGUUUUAUAAAAACCUAGGAUCACAGAAUAUACUGCAACAAGAAAAGAGUAUUUAUUUUAAAAGUUACAAUUUGUUCUGAUAUUCAUUAUGCCACACUUAAUGUCAGCCAGUAAUAACAGUAGCAGAUAAAAUACAAGGAAAGUGAUCUCUUUAAUAUUCAGGGAAAACUGAACAUUCUCCGAAAGUAAUGUAACAGAUUCAGAGGAGAAGAUGGAAAGCUAAGGCUGAAAAGCCUCAUCUCCUGCUCCUCCUUUAACAAACUGGGUGUGAUUACUAAUAAACGCCAAAACAUGCUAUUGGAACUGGGAUGCAGGGUUGGACAAAGAAACCAUAAACCAAACGUCUUGAACAAGCUCCUGUACCUAUGUAAACUCCCUAUAAACCAUUAUCACUGAGCCCAGCACAAUAGCAACUCAAAUCUCUGCCCCUCUGCUGUAAAAGCUACAUGUUAGGCACAAUGGAUCUAUCUCCAGAUAAGAAAGUAAGCCUAGGGACCAGAAAGGUAUUAAACCCUCAAAACAGCCUAGGGACCAGAGACAGGCGAAGGCCUCCAUCCAGAGAGACAUUAUGAAUUCAAUCAACAUGGCUACUGACUGCUUUAUCUCAAUGCAGAGUAAGUAGAACCAAAAUGCAAUCAGUACAGGAUUUUUUCACUUUCUCGAGCCACAUGUAGGGCACUAAAAAAAAUGUAUUUGUCCUGGUUUAGGGCAAAUUUGAGAGGAAAUUUUCAAAGGGGUCCCUCUAGAAAGCAGAUUCAAGCAGUCCCUCCCCCAACUGGUUUGGAAAGAUUUUCUUGGAGAAAAGUGGAAAAAAACCUAUUAAUUUAACAAGCAGAGUAUUCACAAGCAUAAAAAAAUGAACAAUACUAAACAAUAAAACCUGUUGCUGUUCUGAAGAGAUGGCAAAUUCAGAAAGUCCUGUCCUUGGAGUGUAACUCAGCUCACUCAGUCUGUUACCAGUUCCUCCUGUGCUGGAAAAUGCUGCAUCCUGGGCUUCAGUGGGCCACAGGUGUGAGGUGCCCAUGUUUUUCUGGGUUUUCAGUCCAGAACAGGGAUGAUCAGUUCCCAAAAAAAAGAAAAGCCACAGUCCAGUGAACUUCUCUGCCUCAGCUAGCUAAAACCUAACUAAAAACAAAGGAAAGCUCUCACCUGCCGUCUGUCUGUUCUGCAGACAACACAGUCUGUGAGAGAGAAUGCAGAGGAGCAUGUGCAGCUUCUGAUAACAAAACUGCACUUCUUCUCUUCCCCUUCGCUCUCAGAACCAGUCUUAAAGGUGCAAAACCUAAUAUCCAGCAUAAACAGAAAGAUGACUGGGGAUACAAGCAUCAUGAAGUCACCCUAGGACAUGUUAAUUAGUGCUGUGAAGAUGAAGUAGAUUGUUUCUGAAGCAACCCAGGAACUUUGAAAAUGCUGGCAUAGUCUAAACCACUACAAUGAUGUCAUAGCACCAGACUACUUACUGACUGCUGGUUUAUGGUUUCACUUGUUUAGACACUGAUAAUGAGUGCAUAACUAUCCUACAGAAAAAUGCAAUGAAAUAAUGUUUAAUCUUGCAACAAGUAUCCUUUUCCAUUUUAAUGCUAAAGCUUCUUAGUACUGACUAUUCAAGUUCUUUACUUCUUUUUGUGAAGUAUGUUACGUUAGAAGGAGGAAUUAAUCUUUUGGGUAUAAUGUAAUAUCUGAAGAUCAGAAUGCAAAUACUGGAAGUGAUGUAGUAAAUACAUACAUACAUAUGUCAAGCACUUCAGGUGUUUUUAUUUGAAUCUCCAAAUUACAUAUUUUUGUAAGAGUUUUUUAACCACAUAAUUUAAAAGACUGUAAUGUGAAAAGCCCAGUAGGAUUGGUUCCUUAAAAAUUUGUUGAAAACUUAAGAACACAAUUUACUAAAAGAUAACACAAGGUUAAUGUUUGCAACCUUUUUUAUCACUUGGAGGAGGAGAUUGAUGUUUCCUAGUAUAAAUGCUAAUUUUCUUCUAAAGUGGAAAACAAAGCUAUAGAUACAAUUUCUUCUCCUUAUUUUUAUGUGUAGUUGUUUGUAUAUUUACUGACUUCCUCAGUUUCCAUUGUGCAAAGUAGCACAAAGACAUUGGAUUUAAACCAUGAUUAUAUAAUGUCACUUUUGAGGAUUUGCUGCUUUGAAGCACUUGAAUUAAAAGGGUUUUCUUAUGUGCAUGUCUGCUUGUACUGUAACUUGCCAUAAAAUUCUGAUUUAGCUUUAGAUUUUAGUUUACGUUUUUAUUUACCUCAUCAAGAAAUUUGUCUGGGUGAGGUAAUUAGGUUUAUGCACUCUGAAAGUCAGGUGGUUGCUGAAAGAGUCAAUAUUUAGUCUGAAACUCCUGCUUGCACAAGCUUGAGUAGUCUUAAAAUUUUUCCCAUUACUUAAUACUUGCAGGUACUUUUGCAAAGCAAUUUAUUAUGAAGGUUAAACUGAUGUUUAAAUGGUAUUGUUAAUGCUCUCAAGAAACCUAUAAUCAGGUUUGGACUGGGUAAUCUUUUACUGGCAGGUAAAUAAUACAAAUAUAUAGUUAAUUUUGAAAUAGUCUAUGAAGUUUGAGAAUGUUUUUCUUUUCAGAAGUUGUUGGCAAAGCUUCUGAAGGAACCUUUAAACUAUUGUCAGAGAGGAGAAAUACAGAAGAAAGCUACUGUUACUGCAAAUUGGUAUAUUAGCUCUGCCAGUGAAAUGUCACUAGCAGCAGUAUUCCUUGAGGUGAUGGAAAAGGGACUAGUGCUCCCAGUGUAGAGUAACUUACUUGAAAGCAUCUGAUCAACCCACUUCACCCCCCAAAAAACCCUCAAAAAUACAACCACAGUUUCUAUUCGGAUGGUAUCUUUUGCUUUGUCUAAUCCAUUUAACUUGAAAUGUUUAUCUAAAUUUUGUUCUACUGUAAACAUUAUGAAAGAGAUUCAUGUAUACAUGUAACUCUAUGUAUUCUAUAUCUUGUAGAUAUUAAGUAUGCAAGUGUUUACUUCCUGUUAUGUCUGGCAUGUUUAUAUCAAUUGCACUCAUAGAGCCUAAAAAUAGAUUCUUGAGGAGUGGCUAUGAAAUAAUUUCUGUGAGUACCUUUUGAGUGAGUUCUGAGGGGAUAAUAAUUUAUAUUCAGUUCCAUAUAUUUUAGCUUGCAUUCAUGUUAUAAGGGGGAAAAAAUCAACUACUUCAUUACUAAGAUUUAUGGUGCCUUAUCUGCAUUGUUAAUUGGGGCUAUGCUUUCUUUUUCCUUGCAGCAAAUAACAUGCACUUUGAUAGAGGAAUUUUUUUUUAAGAACAAAUUUAAUUUGAAUAGAAAUAAAGAGAAUUUUGUGUUUUGUUUUGUGUAUGGAAGUUUUAUAAUGAUGAAGGAUGUAAGAAGAUAUCAUUGAAAUCUCAAUAUGUAUGUGUAGCAUUUUUACAAAGAUGUGGCAUAAAACUGUUUUGCUUAGAGUUGUCUGACGCCUUGUAUCAUCACAUACAAGCUUUCUGUGUCAAAGGAAGUAGUCCUAUUCUGUAUGUAAAUUAUGUGAAUAAAUUAUUUUCUUUUA